AUGGCGACUUCCAGUCCAGAUCUUCUUGGCGCGUCCUCUCCUGCUAGCCUAAACGCUGGAACUUUGGACGACCGGCUAACAGCUAGUCUGAACUCCCAGCAAUUUACCGUCGCGGCCUACUUGAAUCUAGCACUGGCGUCACAACGCGAGAACGCAAAAGACGAUCCUCCCGACGUCAUCGCGCAACAGCGCAUGGCCGAACUUGCUUUGCAGCUUCAACUGCAGACACAGUCGUGCCACGAAGAAAUCGGACGCAUAGGGGCGGAGCUGCAGGCUAUUUUGCCCCGUUGCGCGGCUGAUAUCGGACGGGUAGGUGUGGGGCUUGAAGGAUUGCGUCAGGACGCGACAUCCCUUUUGGAAACCACUUCCGUGGAUAUGGAACAAGACGUCUCGUCGUCUUUGGAAACACUCAGUACCUUACAUGCUCUGCAAGCCAAUUUGACGCGCACGAAAGAAAUUUUGACGGCCGCUGCAACUUGGGAUUCCACCCUUUCGACUAUCGCACCGCUGCUCGCGCAACAAAACUUGCCCGACGCCGUCAACGCGUUGGCGCAGCUCGAAAAUGGUGCACAAGCGCUUCAAGGCAUGCCUGGUCUGGAAGAUCGCGACAUCGCAGUUGCUAAUGUUCGUCAACAAGUGUCGAUUCUGUUACAACCUCAGCUCCAGAAUGCUCUCAUCCAUAUGCAAACGCGCUUAGGGCCUCUACAACAGUGCGUGCUUUUGUACUCCAAACUUGACAAAAUCGACGCACUCAAGGAAGAUUACGUGAAAACGCGGCCUACGAGUCUCCACAAGUCGUGGUUCGAUUAUAGCCCUUCGUACGGUGACGAUGUCGCUGAUCAGAACGCAACGGCGUUUUUAGCUUGGCUGCCAACUUGGUUUGAUGCAGUAUUGACGUUGAUUGGUGAAGAGCGACGACAAGCUCUGACAGUGUUUGGGCCAGAGAGUGUGUCGGAAAUAGUAAUGAAGGUAUUUCGAGAAUGCUUCCGUCCAAUUCUGCCUUCCUUUAAAAGUCGUUUGGAAUCAAUCUAUUCUUCGGAGGAAACCGGUCCUUCAAAAGGCUCUUUACAGUCGGUAUGCUCCAUUUAUGAGUCUACCCUACAGUUCCUUUCUUUGGCGUACGAAACGAUUGCCGGCGGUUGGCUCGAUUUGGUAGAGGGCGGAACGAUAAAGGGCAAUGGAUUAUCAAUUUACAAGGAAAUGGGGUUCGUCUUUCGCCAGAUUGCGUCCCCCUUCGUUUCUUAUCAACAACGGCUUCCAAAUCUGGAAACACGAUAUUCGACUGCGACCACCCAGACAAUCAUACGAGAGAUGCACCAGGCCGUCUCGGAUGUGUCGAAUGGAAAGGCAACGCUGGAAACAUUGCAAACUGCUACGCAGCUUUUACAAGAGCUCUCAGGUGCAUCAUUCCCCUUGGCUGAAGGCGCCGUCGCCCGCUUUGAGUUGUUGAACGGAGGCUACAACAGCGCCUCUGCGCUGCAAGCUGUAGAUAAGAUUGUUGCAACUUACUGUGGCGAGCUUGCCAUCGCUAUUAGAACCUUGUCCGCAACCACGACGGCCGAUGAAACUGCGUUGGCUGUGAAUUUCGACGAGUCGCACGUUCUUUGUGCGCUUGAGGUUCUCAAGAUUGCCGGCGCCUUUCGGAAGAAUUUACUUGAUCUUGAAGUGAAAACACGAGAACGUUUGACUGUGUUAUCAAGCCGCAUGUCGUCUUACAUUUCCAAGGAGAAGGAAUUGGAAGAAGUCCCUGCAACGACAACUCGAAAAUCGUCCGCUGCUGUCGUCCUAUUGCCAGAUUCCUUUUCAGCUGUUGAAAUUGAUUCCUUCUUGACGAAGGCUGUUUGCUUCGACGAGGAAAAUAACGAAACAAAUGCUGCGUUAGUCAUUUUGCAGCGUUUGGCGGAAUCAGGACCGACGUCUGUGCCGCUCUACCCUGAAACCGAGGAUGCUACACGACGUUUGGCAACUUCAUGCCACACGUUUGUCUUCGAUGUAUGCGCAGCUGUUCCUCGUCUUCAUUUGAAGGGAAUGUCUUCCUUGCAAAGCUGGAAAGAAGCGAAUGAACAGGAUAUCAACUCGUAUGGCAUUCUCCCCCAAUCAUACAUUACACAUGUCGGCGAGCACAUGUUAGCGCUUGUGCAGGCUUUGGAGCCAUUCGCAUCUGACUCUGAGGCACUGGGUUUGGCAAACGAAGUCAUGGGUGGAGUCCACGGUGUUGCCAUGCAGCCAUGGAGAGAGUUUCUCAGUGCGUCAGGGACCAUGGGUUCAGAAGAUGUCAUCAAGAGCCUGAUGAACGGGAAAAACCUCGACAACUUCGUUGUAGCAUCGGCUGCGCUUGGAGAGGAAGAAGGAACCGAAGAGGAAGAAAGCGAGGCCAACAAGUUUUGUAACGUUUGGUUGGAUGUUGUAUCAACGGCUGUCACUGGUCGUCUGUUAGAGCGGAUCAUGCGAAUUCCUUCCUUGACUCCGAAAGGAUGUGAGCAUUUGAAUACUGACUUGAACUAUCUCGUCAACGUCUUUUCGGCGCUCGGCGUCCGCGGGCACCCGCAUCCAUUGCUUGGUCAUUUGGCCGAACUUGCUUUGGUUGAGGCGGAUAAGAACGACUUUCCGCAAUGAAAUCAAGAUACUAAAAGUGAUGACUCGAAGCAAAACGAUAGUUAUGGCCUUUUAUACUAAAAUAGAAAAAUCUAGAUAGCAGC